AUGGUCCGCAAAAAUGGAGGUAUUCCGAAGAAGGGCAGCUCCAGCAAGCCAAGAGGAUAUGACAUAUGUCAUAAGUGCGGGAAGCCAGGGCACUUAAUCAAGGAUUCCCCUCUCCUCAAGCAAGUGAUAGGGUUCCAAAGGGAGAAGACUCCUUACAACCCUCAUAGAAAGUAUGUUACUAUACCUGAUAACUGGCUUUGCACUCACUGUGGUAAUACUGGGCACUUUAAGGAAACUUGUAAGGCCAAGUUUCAGUCUCAACAGAAAAACAAAGUUUUUGCUAAAAAGGGAGCAGUGAAAGGGAGCAGCCAAUAA